AUGUACUGUAUGUCUCUAUGGCUCAUUUUUGUUAUUAGCUUGGUUUUUGAUGAUGAGGUGAUAUCCAAAGAACAGUUUGAUAAGUAUCUUCUAGAGAAUCUCCUGCCUCAUGUUAUAAGCCAAUAUACAAGCACCACAAGGGUACAAGAAGUAUCACUUGAUCGGCUCAUCGCUGAUUUCAUUGCCUCAGUUGAGAAAUCAAAGUCUAUAGAAAAGGUUGAUGAGUUUUUAAAACCAUCGGUGACACAGCGGGGAUCCCAGGGUCAAGCAGCCAUCCACAUAAAGAAGAGCACAUUGCAAAGUCUUCUCAACUCUGCUGGAACACCUUAUGCAGCUUCAACACUGAGGGAAAUUUUGACUCCCAUCGAUGGGGCCAGCCCUGAUUUCAGAACAGACUUCACAUCAACUGGACAUAGGGAGCUUUCCGUAAAAAUUCCGAGGAAUGCGGUGCRGGAUGAGCAACUUGGAGUUAUCGAUGGAUGGCUGAGACCUCAAGCAGACAACAAACCAGAUGCAGUAGAGGAUAUCCAAUGCAAAUCCUGUGCAGGUUAUAAAGAAGUGAUCAAAAACCUGAAAUAUGAAAUCAAAGUGCUCAAGAAAAUGAGAAUUGACAGGGAAAAAUCAAUGGAGGAGGAAGUACUGAUAAGUGAAGAGGAAACACAAGAAGAUGAAAGCACAGAUGAGGACAAUCAGAGAAUGGAGGAGAAAAAGAGAAGGGAGGAACAGAGAAGAAAGGAAAAAGAAAGAGGAAAGGAGGAAGAAAGAAAAGAGGAAGAGAGAAGGAAGAAUGAUGAAAGAAGGAAUAGAGAAGAGAGCAGAAAGAGGAAAAAGGGAAGGGAGGAGGAAGAGAGAAGAAAUGAGGAGGAGAGGAGGAAGGAGGAAGAGAGAAGGAAGGAGGAAGAGAAAAGGAAGGAGGAAGAGAAAAGGAAGGAGGAAGAGAGAAGACAGGAGGAAGAGAGAAGACAGGAGGAAGAGAGAAGACAGGAGGAAGAGAGAAGACAGGAGGAAGAGAGAAGACAGGAGGAAGAGAGAGGACAGGAGGAAGAGAAGAAAGAGGGCCAUAACACAAAGGGUGUGAAAAGAAGUAAAAGACAAAUAAAAGCCAAAAAAAUAAAAAAAUAAGUGCAAAAAAAUAAGUACGAGCACAUGAUUUAACUAUGGAUUCCAUAUAUUUUAAACUAUCAAAGCUGAAUUAUCACAGUUAAAAGUUGCAUCUCGAUUCCUUACAUACAUGUAGAAAAUAGCUACAUUGUCAUGUUUGUAUACUAUGAUACCAGAUUGUCAGGAUUAAUAGUAUAUGAAUUCAUAAACACUAACUUUCUGAACAGUUAUAGUUUAUUUCGAUAUCAGAGUAUGCCUAGCAUUAUUCAUUGUGAUAGCCAAURGCAAAUGAACUUUAMAAAUUAUUAUUGUUUACUUAUWGUUAUUGAUGGUUASUUUUGAAAUCAGAAAUGAAUGUCUAGCAUUCUGGUAACAGUGGAMAAGAAUAAACAUCAUGCAAACAGUAAAGCACCWGAAAACUGUUAUUGCAUUAUGCACUUUCCCCUCACAUGAUACAGUUUUCAUUGAAUAGGGURAUUAUGUAUUGAACAUAAUUGUAUUUGUUGUCAUAUUAUACAAUUUUGUUUAUUUGUAUAUACAAUAACAUUUAUAAUUAUGUUGCACUGGAUUGCAGUGAUAAAUAAUAAUACAAUAACAUUUAUAAUUAUGUUGCACUGGAUUGCAGUGAUAAAGAUUCUUCUCGAUUUUAAAAUGAAGCACUAUGCUAAUUUUUAAUGAAUGAUUGUCAAAAAAGUAUUGUACCUAAUGUUUUCAUUUUAUUCACAAUAUAACUAAAAAAGAUGCUUCAGUUGUGCAUUUUGUUGUUUUGUUAUGAUAUUUCAUUUUUAAUCCUGGUUUUU